AAAGCGCUGGAUAAAAAUACCCGACUCCCGCACGGAGCAGCCGCUGCGAGAAAAUAAGCUCUUCAGUUUUGUUUUUUGCCCGCUGGUAUUCGUUUGUGAGUGGGUUAUGUAGUGCGUAAACGAUCGGUGCAUUUUUAAGAGAUUUUCGCCGUGGGCGAUCCGAAAGAACACGGAAAUCUUCGCCGUUCGGUCUCUUUCAGGGGCAUUUCCAGUACGUACUUCUUCCCUUUCGUCUUCGGGAAAAGUCCGGGCGUUGUCAUCGCAAUUAAGAGGUUAAGGAGAUCGUAUAUGCAGUUCGUUUAGUGUAUGGAUGCGGCAGGGUUGUGUCCGGUGGACCGAUAAUAGGUGUGAUGCGUUCGUUAAGCGUCUUGGCCUCAUGGCUGACGCACGUUAUACCUCUAUGCCAAGUGAUUUGUCUACCGAAUCGAUUGCUGCUUUGCGAUUAUCUGAGUAUGGAUCCCUGGAUUGCCAAGAUAAGUCAUACCCUGACCGAAACUCUCUCAGUGGUCUUUUAUUGUCAGAUGACGCGAAUGAAGGGGAGAAAGGUCCUAAGAGUGGCAAGGAGAAUCGGGAAAAAUAUAAAACACACAGGAAAUAUUCUGAAUUAAUUCCAUCCGUUGUCGAUAGUGGAUACGAUAAUUAUGGAAGUUCAGCUGCAUGCAAAUCUAAUUCUCUACCAGGACGAUGCAACAGCAAUACGUCGCCGUCUAGCACAAUGGUUGCUACAAAUAUUCCAGCGGAAGAUUUGGCGACUCAGCUGACGUUAUUGGACUUACCAGCAUUUAGAUCGAUUCGUCCAGAAGAAUUAUCGAGUUGCUCAUGGAACAAGAAAAAUAAGCUCAUAGUAGCGCCGAAUGUAGUCGGUUUCACAAGAAGAUUUAAUCAUGUCAGUUUUUGGACUGUCCAAGAAAUUCUAAAUGCUCCUACACCAAAGCAACGAGCAGAGAUCUUGGCUCACUUUGUUAGAAUAGCGAAGAAACUUUACGACCUAAACAAUUUGCACUCACUAUUUGCAGUUAUAUCUGGAAUGCAAAGUGCUUCGAUAUAUAGAUUAAAUAAAACAUGGUCAUACCUCUCGAAGAAGGAUAAGGGAACCUUUGAUAAGCUCGCAGAAGUGUUCAGUGACAAGAACAAUUGGAUGAAUCUUCGAGAACACAUCGAGUCCCUUAAACUUCCAUGCAUUCCAUACUUGGGCUUGUUUCUUACCGAUCUUGUAUAUAUUGAUAUGGCUCACCCCGCCUCAAAGAACAGCGACAAUCAUCAGAGGACUUUAAAAAUGGACACAGUAUUGAAUAGAGUAGCGGUAUUCCAAGCUAGCGAGUACACAGGAAUAGUUCCACUACCCGAUGUUCAGCGGUACUUAAAUAGCGUCCGCUACAUCGAGGAGUUACAGAAAUUUUUGGAAGAUGAUCAUUUUAAAUUGUCUGUAAAAUUAGAGCCAAAUUCACCGGUUGCAUCCUCCAGCAGCAGCAAAGAGUCAGUUGGAGAUGUAGCUAUCGGUGUUGCAGCUCUGUCACUGUCUCCAGCUAGAGGAUGCGCAGGAUCUUUAAGAUUACACGCAGCAUCGGCAGCAAACAAAUUCGUCCCUGGCCACCGCAAAUGUAGGAGUCUCGGAACGAAUAUCUUUGGCAAAGCUGCAGCGGUGCCACUAGAGCCAGGCCAGGGAACUAUUCGGCAUCUCCUUGACGAUUCCGUUUUGGAAGAACCGCAUUUGAUUUCGCAAAUCGUUGAUCUUGAUCGAAAUUCUCCUGGAUCUCCCACGGAGACGCUGAAUGAAGAUUGCAGUUUACUCUCAAAAACAAGCACAUUAACAAUAUUACCUUGUGAGCUACAAAGCUCCUCAGAACCGUGCUAUGGUAUGCAAGGUUCAUUGCGUCGGAAGGUAAUCUUGAGAGAUGGACGUAAACCUGCAGUAUCUACCUGGCAGAGAUUUUGGAUACAACUUUGGGCAUCCUCGAUUGUAUAUUUCUCGCCAAAGUGUUUUAAAGGUAACGAUAGAUCGGACUUUAAACGGGAGCCUUACAAAAUGGUGUCAAUAUUGGGAUGGAUCGUCGAACCACUAGACUGCUCCUUACAUCCCGACACGUUCUUAUUGUCGGAUCCGCUCAAAGGAAACGUUUAUAAGUUUCGGGCAGGUUCGGGCGACUUAGCGGAGCAAUGGCUGAAGGAACUGCGCGCGGUGGUACGCGGAGCAACGGAAAGAAAACCAUUACCAGCCAACCUCAUGUCUUUCGAAUGACUUUUCCUAAUACUUCGAACUGCUAUACUCCACUACAGGGUGCAGCUUGCCCAACGCGGAAAAGUACUGCUUGCAACCGGCCGUCUCGUUUCUUGCUAGUGCUGAAGCGAAGUAGAAUACUCGAUGUACAUGGCGUCUUCCAUGCGAAUGCGCGACUCGACUUGACCCACGAAAUGUCAUCGUUAUUGACAAAAGGGAACUGUCAGUCGAGACUCGAAACUCAGAUCAAGUUCGAUUAGAGAUAUUCACACCGAGCCGUGUAAAGAACCAAUAGUAGAAGAUGCUUGGUUAAGAGGCGCGAUUGAAUUCCGCGCCAAGUACAUAUACUGCUACUCAUACAUUUAAGUAGAAACUUUAGAAUAUGAUUCUGGAUGAAAAGACAGCGCUACUUUCUCAGUCAUUUUCACUUACACGAUACUUUUCACAAGGGGGUGUGCAUUCCUUGUGAUUAGUUACGCAAAUGCUUGAACAAACGUUUCAUCAUUCACAUUCAAGUUAUUUGUAGUUUCAAGUGUAAUAUCGAAAUAGCGUUAUAUAUCCAGAUUCUUAUUGGAUGGUUUCUACAUUUCAUGUAUCAACGUUACUCGCAACCAGCCGUCUUGUUUCUUGCUAGUGCUGAAACUAGUUUCAUUAUUUCAUGUACUUGGUGUCUUCCAUGUGAAAGCGUAAUUCCUUACCUGAGAUACAGAAUAUCGGCUGUAUUCACGAAAUCGAGAUCCUUGAAGUCUACACUUGAAACUCAUCUUUAGGUGCCCAUAGGGAUCUUUGCUUGAAGACUUGCAGAAAAUGAAUGACGGAAGAACAGAAUUAACACUAGGUUUACGGGCGUUUUAUAUAUAUCUGUUUCUACGAGCAUCCGUCAAAUUGACGGGUAAACGAA